AUGGCAACAGCGACAAACCAGUCACACAGCCCUCACAGUCGCGGCAACGGAUCAGUUGCCUCUUGCUCAACACUCCCUGAUGUUGAUGAUGUCCUCUAUUUUCCUGUGGGUGUUUUCCUCUCUUAA